CGAGGGGCUAAGAUUCCUGUUCAUUCCUCAUCGACGAGAUCCCUGAACAAGUACCCUGCUUGGUAGCCACGGCCAUCACCCUGCAGAGCCAUCUUCGAUGGACGAUACCCGCCCAAAUGACAUCGCGGAAGUGAACGGCACGUCGGGUGCAGCAGGCUCAGAGUCCAAAGGCGAGGAGACCACCAAAGUAUACGAGAAGAAAGAUGAUGCCUACUUUGGCUACUAUGCUCUGCUCAGUCAUCAGGCUCAGAUGUUACAGGAUUCUGUGAGGACAACAGCCUACCAACGGGCUAUCCUGGGCAAUGCCGUUGGUCACUAUCAGAACAAGCUCGUGAUGGACGUCGGGGCAGGCAAUGGUAUCCUCUCCCUCUUUGCUCUGCAGGCUGGUGCGAAGAAGGUUUACGCUGUCGAGGCAUCCGACAUGGUGGAAUACCUCAAGCACGUCGCUGCUGCUGCCAGCGGGAAGCCUGGGCCCAUGAGCAGAUUGGACGAGGAUGAGCAAUGGUAUCUCGAGGCGCAAGGUCACUCUGCUCAGGGCACUGGGAAGGUGAGCAACUCUUGGAUCGGCAACCGGCUUGUGCCAGUGCACAGCAAAGCCGAAGACGUUACAGCGGCUAUGCUGGACGGCAACGACAAGGUCGAUACAAUCGUGUCUGAGUGCCUUGGAGUCCUCCUCCUCCACGAACGCAUGUGCGAGUCGUUCAUCGAUGCCAGGGACCGCUUUCUGAAGCCUGGAGGUGCCAUGUUUCCUAGUGCUGGAACAAUAUGCUUUGCUCCAAUCGAGGAUAAGCCCGUAUGGGACGAGACAGCUGCGAAGGCAAGAUUCUGGCAGAACCAGUCCUUCUACAAUGUGGACCUGACCCCUUUCUUUGCAUCAGCUUGGCGCGAGGCAUUCUCAAGCCCGGUGAUAGGCUGCUUCAAUCCUCAGACCAUCCUGUCCACGACGGUCGAGCACGACGUCGACUUCCAGACAGUGACAAUGGACCAGCUGAAAACCUUUGAGAUCCCUCUCAAUUGGACCAUUCAAUCCACUGGUCUUAUGCACGGCAUUGGUGGGUGGUUCGAUCUCAGCUUCCAACCAGCUGUUUCUGGAAGCGAUCCUGCGUCCGGUGAUACCACUGACGAAGGGGAUGACCCAAUGACUGAGUCUGAGCUUGGGCAUCAGCACAAUGCUGCAGCAGCUGCUAGCAGCAAUCUAUCGGGCACUGCUCCACCCUUUCAGCCCUCGGCUUGUACUGGCUCGUCUUCAAGCGCUGCCGGUGCUUUACUAGCAGCAGCAGCAUCCGCUUCUUCUGCAUCUGGCUCCGCUUCUAACGCCUACGAGAUCCUGGCUUCAGCGGCUGCCAAUGGCACGAGCAGCUCCUUCAUGUCUACGUCUCCCCGGUAUCCUCCAACUCAUUGGCAGCAGGCUCGUCUUUUGCUACCCGAGCCACUGGCAGUCAAUCGGGGUCAAAUGGUCACAGGCUGGAUGAAGUUCAAGGUCAACGAACAAAGGAGCUAUGACAUCGAGGCGGAACUUCUACUUGUAGACGGAGCAAACGCAAAGUCUGAGUCUACUCGGUCCACCAGGAGGAGGUGUCACUGGAAGCUUGACAAGCAAACGUACAGCUGGACUACGACGCCGUCCGUCUGAGUCUUUAGCUUCGCGUCUGGAAGUGGAAGAAGGCCUUUGAGCUACCUCACAGUGGCUUUUUUAGCAUCUGUGUCCUCUUCGGCUGCCUUCGCGAGCCAAUUGCUGGACAUGUUCUCUUUCGCUCAGGUUUUCGUCUUGUCAGCAUUGUGAUAAUCAUCAUCAUCAUUGUCGUGUC